GCAAAGUGGGUUCAUAAAUUGCCAAACACAAUAAGCAAAAAGCUCCAAGAAAGCUGCGAGAGACAGCAACAAUGGCAGUCUCCUCUAAUCUGACAAAUUUCACAUCCGUUUCUCUAAACUCUGCUCGCAUUCUUUCUUCUACAAACCGGUCCUGCAUUUGCUCCGUUCCUCUGAACAACAAUUACAGUUCUCGAAGCAGCUCGGGCAUAAGUGCUUCCGGGAUCAAUGUCAGGAGACCCAUGUCGGUUAAGUCUAUGUCUUCUUCCUCGUUCGGCUCUCGGCUCGAAGAGAGCGUCAAGAAGACAGUGGACGAGAACCCAGUUGUGGUCUAUUCCAAAAGUUGGUGUUCGUACUCCUCUGAGGUGAAAUCCUUGUUCAAAAGGCUUGGUGCGGAGCCAACCGUGAUUGAAUUGGAUGAACUAGGUGCCCAAGGACCACAGGUUCAGAAGGUAUUGGAGAGGCUUACAGGACAACAUACUGUCCCAAAUGUUUUUAUUGGGGGGAAACACAUUGGAGGUUGUACAGAUACUGUGAAGCUACACCGAAAAGGUGAACUUGAACCUUUGCUGGCAGAAGCUAAAUCCAAAAACACACAAACAUAGGCCCCAUGGUGCAUGUUUUUAUUGAAAGAUUCUGAUCUCCUUGCCGCUGUGAUUUGAAAGAAAAGAUGCCCCCUUUCUAUUUCCUCAAGUUUCACCAAUUCGAGAUUAUAUAUUGGGAACCUUUGCUCAUUUAUUUCACAAAAGCUUGUCAUCUGGCAUUGAUGAAGGGUUUGUGAAGCUUAUACAGAGUUUCAAAGAUAAACUUGAUGUGAUUAAAACUAUUCACUGAUAUCAUUCCUUGUUUUUUUGGUUCUGUUUCAA